GCGGUUAAAACCUGGUCCUCUCUCCUUUGUGGAUGCCGCCUAUUUCUCUGCAAUUUCGAUCUUCGUCAUCCGAGAUGAUGACUAUGAACAAGGCGUAAACUGCGAGCUCUUCCCCUUCUCCAUCUCCCGUGAAUCUCUCUCUCAACUCUUCACCGAUUAUCAUCCAAAAUUCUCUCAACUGUCAAUCCCGAUCGCCCUCCACAUUCAUUGUUGGAAUCUAAUAUUUUGGGUUUAUUCUCCACCAAGAUUGAUUUCCUCUUUGCUAUCCUCUCAACCUGCUGAGCUAAUACCUAUAUAUUUCUAGAUAGAGAAUGUUUCAGGUUUCUACUGUCUGAGGAUGAUUCAAAUAUAUCAGCAAAUUUCGUGAACUGCAGCUAAACAAACAGAGAGUUAAUCUGCUGAAGCUAUGAAUAAUGGGGCAUUUGGUCAUUCUAAUGGCCGGGUGCAUCAAGAGUCCAACCCUUUUAUUCAAAAGAAUGGGAUGGCAUCAGGACAAAGAGUAAAUAAUAUGUUUCUGCAGACCAGAGAUGAAUUUCCAUUGGAUAAUUUUCAACAUGUUCCUUCUGUGGAAACUUUGCCACCAGGCCAUGAGCAGAGAACUAUACUCAAUGGUAAUAUGAACAACCAAAUGGAAUAUGAGGAUAUCUCCAAAAUUCUUGGUUUGGAGAGGAUGAGUUCCCAGUUUAGUUCCGACACAAAUGACUUUUCUCAUGUAAAAGGUGCAGAGCUUGCGGAGGACUUUUUUACUAACCAAGCAUUUCGAGUCCAACAAGUAAAUUCUCACAGUGAGACUGGGCAGCUAAAUGUUGCCAGUGGUGCAACAAACCAUUAUCCACCCAUGAAUAGUUCUGAACGCUCUAACACUUUCCGAUCUUCUUCAUUUGGAGUUCCAGAUGGGUCUCAAGUUAAAUUGAAAUUCCUGUGCAGCUUUGGUGGAAAAGUCUUACCUCGGCCAAGUGAUGGAAAGCUCAGGUAUGUAGGGGGGGACACAAGAAUAAUUUCUCUGUGCAAGAAUAUUACAUGGGAAGAACUUGUAAGGAAAACCUGUGAGAUCUUUAGCCAACCUCACACAAUUAAGUAUCAGCUACCUGAAGAAGAUCUUGACGCCCUCAUAUCUGUGUCCACGGUAGAGGAUCUUCAGAAUAUGAUUGAAGAGUACCAUGAACUUGAAAGAGGAGGAGGUUCUCAAAAGCUCCGAAUAUUCUUGAUCACUCUUGGAGAAUCUGAGGAUGCACAAACUCUUGAUUCCUGCCCGAAUCAUGAAUGCAACCACGAUGUCCAAUAUGUGGCAGCUGUGAAUGGUGUAGCUAAACCAGGUUCACAAAGCAAUAAUGGACUUCAUAUGGUAAACAGUGCUAUUAAUUCAAGAACUAAUGUCGAAAACAAGAAUAUUCACGCUGAUUCAUAUGCCAGUUCCCAGUUUGAAAAUGAAGCUCAAGACUUGAUAGCUCUUCCUCAUCAAUUACCUUCUUUUUCCUCAGCACCGGGUAUGCAAGGGGAGCUUAGAAGUGUGCGUGGACAAUUGGACAAAGAUAACUUUUUUGGUGAUGUUACUGAGACUAACAGCUUGUGCAGUACUCGUCUACCUCCUGAAAACAUCAGCAAUGGUACUUCUGUUUGUUAUCCUCCAGGCAAUGGUGUAACACCUACUCUAUGCAAUAUUCCUAGUAAAACUGAUAUUGGCAUCCAGCAAAUUAAACAAAGAGAAGUAGAGUUUAAUAACAGCCUUUCUACUAGGGAAUUCUCGAUUCCUCCAAGUUCUGAUCAAGACAAAAGGACAUUUUUUGGAGAAAGAAGUUUGUUUUUCGACAAACCAGUUAUCUCUCCAGAAGAAUCAUCAAAUGCUCUGUCAGAAGCUAAGGAGCCAAUUAAUUCUUGUGGAGUCUUGCACACCUUUUCUGGUUCACAGCUGCAAGAACAUGAAGGGAUGCCUGUGCAGAUUAAUUCUCAGAUUGCAGAAUAUGCAGCUUUUCAAGGUAAAAUGGAUUCUAAGAAAGACUCUUUAUGUUCAGAAUCAAUGGGAGGGAUAGUGUAUAUGCCUGAUGAAGCAGAUGGUAUGGCUGACAAGUAUAGAUUAACAAGAAAUUUAAGUAAAGAUGCAGCCUCGCUACAAAUCCAUACUAAGCAAAACUUUUCUUGUCCUGAAAUGAUGAAUGGUUUAGCUCAAACAGAUCCCAAUUUGCAUUCAACCAAAACUAUUUCCGGACUCCCCGAUUCUUCCAUGGAGUACAAGUUCAUGUCUCCAAAUAUAUAUUCAGAGCAAAUGCCUAUCCAUAGUAAUGUUCCAGUAAGAAACAUCAAUAACCUGGAGCAGGCUAGUCAUGCAGCACCUAUAAUUGAUUUAAGGUGCUUUACAGAUGCAGCACCAGAGGAGAAGGUAGGGAGAACUCAGGAGCAUCAACAUGUUUUAGAUGGUAAGGUGGGUGGUCAAAAGAGAUUUGAAAUGGAACAAUCCAACAAUUCAGAUUUUCCAGAUUCGUUUUACAGAUCCCAACAGCUUACUUAUGUAAAUCAUCUUGCCGAUUUUGUUACUAGUCUAGUGGAUGACGUCACUAUUCGUCAAUACCCCAUGUUGGAUACUGUUAAUGGCCAGAAGAAUGAAUGUCAUCCUAAACUUGUGCACGAAACUGCUGAUCUAUACUCUUCUGCCACAUGUAAUGCUACUGGUUUGAACACGAAAUUGUCGAAUAUGAUUCCAGAUCCUAUAAUGACUGGAUUUAAGAAUGAAAUUUCUCUCAUAGAUCAUGACUUUGGGAAUUUCCCAAACCACAUGAAGGCAAAUUCAGGCAUUGGUGGAUAUACUGAAGAUUCAAAUUUGUAUGCUGAGCAGAAUCAACCGAAUUCAAGACUUGUUGCUGAACAUGUUUUAGAUGCAACUGCUGCUUAUAUUCCACCUUCUGUAUCGGAGCCUCUUGACAGCUUUCUUGGAGAUUUUGAGUCUGAGGUUGCUAAUGUGGAAAGCAUAAAGAAGGACAUUACUAUAAAUGACACACUAAUUGCUGAGAAAGAAGCCAAUGGAUAUGGGUUGCAGAUCAUUAAAAAUGCAGAUCUUGAAGAACUUCGAGAGUUAGGAUCCGGUACAUAUGGAACUGUAUAUCAUGGGAAUUGGCGGGGUUCAGAUGUUGCCAUUAAGAGAAUCAAGAAUAGCUGCUUUUCUGGGCGAUCAUCAGAGCAAGAACGUUUGACAAAAGAUUUCUGGCGAGAGGCACAUAUUCUUUCUACGCUUCACCACCCUAAUGUCCUUGCUUUCUAUGGGGUUGUCCCAGAUGGGUCUGGGGGAACUUUAGCAACAGUUACCGAAUUCAUGGCAAACGGCUCACUUAGGAAUGUCUUACUGAAGAAAGACAAAUUGCUUGAUCAUCGGAAAAAGCUUAUAAUUGCAAUGGAUGCAGCUUUUGGCAUGGAAUAUUUACAUUCAAAAAGUAUUGUACAUUUUGAUCUGAAAUGUGAUAAUUUGCUGGUCAAUCUAAAGGAUCCACAGCGACCCAUUUGCAAGGUAGGGGAUUUUGGACUCUCAAGAAUUAAACGUAAUACUUUAGUUUCCGGAGGAGUGCGAGGAACCCUUCCAUGGAUGGCACCCGAACUUUUGAAUGGUGGAAGUAAUAAGGUUUCUGAGAAGGUUGAUGUUUUUUCAUUUGGCAUUUCAUUAUGGGAGAUCCUAACAGGAGAGGAACCCUACGCGAAUAUGCAUUGUGGUACAAUCAUUGGGGGAAUCAUAAAAGACAUCCUAAGGCCUCCAAUCCCGGAAAGCUGUGACCCUGAGUGGAGAAAGCUGAUGGAACAAUGUUGGUUGACUGACCCUGCAACUCGGCCAUCGUUCACGGAGAUCACCAAUAGGUUGCGGUCUAUGUCUUCUGUAUCGGUUCAAGCAAAAGCAAAAGCUCAAGAUCAUUCCACGUCAGCAAAGCCCAAUAUCAUCAUCUAGAUGUAGGAAGAAGAAGAAGAAGAAGACAGACACUCAAUGUCAGAAACACUCCUCCCAUUCUAUCUGUAAGUAGUCUUAUAUGUUCAUUGUUUAUUCUUUCUUUUCUUUUUUUAUGGUACAUAUAAAAAGAAGAAGAGACUUCAGAUAAUAGAGAAGUAAGACAUAUGGUGUGGGAUUGUUUGUAUUGUAUAAAGGUCACCAGCUAGCAGUCUUAUCACACUUAUGGACUGCCAUUUUUGUGAGUAAUCCAGUAUUCAUUCAU